CACUGAUUUCAGUACGCAGUACAUCUACGUCUCAUGUCUUCAUUUAAAGUUCCGAAACUUUGGGAGACGGAUAUUGAUACAUUUUGAUGUGUUAGGUUACUCGAUAGAAAUAGAAACUUUCUUCGAGUUUAUGAAAGGUUAAAGGGUGAAAGUUAUGUAGAUAUGCGCGUUUCCAGAUUGGCCAGUGCGUCCUCCCGAAACAGAAAAAAUAAGGUAUAUUUUUCGCAAAGCUUGGAUAAUUAAUACUGCGGAGAAACGAGGAGAAGUUUUUUGAAUGAGGCACGAAGAAGUUGGAUUAACUUUUUAGAGGUUUUAUGGUUGCAGUUCUAUUUUCUAUUCCCGACUUUUGACACCGUUUUCCGGCGCUUUAUUAUUUUUUACGCUCUGUGGAACCAUGGAUCCGAGCCAGCACAACCCUCCUGCCGGCCAUCAAAUCGUCCAUGUUCGGGGUGAUUCAGAGACCGAUUUGGAAGCUCUUUUUAACGCUGUAAUGAACCCGAAAAAUGCGAUUGUACCCCCCUCCGUACCCAUGAGGAUGAGAAAGCUACCAGACUCCUUCUUCAAGCCGCCUGAGCCUAAGUCCCACUCCAGACAAGCUAGCACAGAUGCGGGCACCGCUGGUACCCUAACCCCCCAGCAUGUUCGGGCACACUCCUCCCCUGCCUCCCUUCAGCUGGGCACGGUGACACCUGGCAACCUGCCUGGCAUGCCGGCUGCAGGUGCCUCACCUCAGCACCUACGCCAGUCCUCCUACGAGAUCCCCGAUGAUGUCCCCCUACCCCCCGGCUGGGAGAUGGCCAAGACCGCCUCAGGCCAGAGAUACUUCCUCAACCAUCUCGACCAGACUACUACCUGGCAGGACCCACGUAAGGCCUUACUCCAGAUGAACCAGCAGCCUCCUCCUGCCGGUCCGGUGCCUGUGCAGCAACAGGGCAUGAUGAACCCUGCCACAGGUCCUCUUCCCGAGGGCUGGGAGCAGGCCGUUACUUCAGAGGGAGAGAUUUAUUAUAUAAACCAUAAGAACAAGACCACCUCAUGGCUGGACCCCAGACUGGACCCACGCUAUGCCCGUAACCCACAGCGCAUCACCCAGAGUGCUCCAGUGAAGCAGGGAGCCCCACUGGCCUCCAGCCCCCAGAGCGGUGUGAUGGGAGGCAACAAUCAGAUGAGACUCCAGCAGCUCCAGAUGGAGAAAGAGAGACUGAGACUGAAACAACAGGAGCUGCUCCGCCAGAGACCCCAGGAACUGGCCCUGAGGAACCAGCUUCCCACCAGUAUGGAGCAGGAUGGAGGCACCCAGAACCCUGUAUCUUCGCCGGGCAUGGGCCAAGACGCUCGUAACAUGACUCCCAACAGCUCAGACCCCUUCCUCAACAGUGGGACGUAUCACUCCAGAGAUGAGAGCACAGACAGUGGUCUGAGUAUGAGUAGCUACAGUGUGCCACGCACUCCAGACGACUUCCUCAACAGCGUGGACGAGAUGGACACAGGCGACUCCCUCGGUCCCGUUUCCAUGGCAACGCAGCAAAGCCGUUUCCCGGACUACCUGGACACCCUCCCGGGCACUGACGUGGACCUGGGCCGGCUGGAGGGGGAGAGCAUGGCUGUGGAGGGAGAGGAGCUGAUGCCUAGCCUGCAGGAGGCACUGAGCUCCGACAUCCUCAACGACAUGGAGUCUGUCCUGGCCGCCACCAAGAUCGACAAAGAGAGUUUCCUCACCUGGUUAUAGAGGGACCCUCCCACCCAGGCUCCUUUCACAAGCACUACUCCUUCUCCUCACGCUGAACUGCUGCCUAGUCAAAUCUGUGAAGGAUGUGUAGAUGCUUCUGAAAAGUUUAAAAAGAGGAAAAAAAAGACAUUUCAGCUCUCUUGGAGAAAUAACGCUCCUUUUUUCUCCUUUUAUUUCUUCAUUCAUCAUACACGGCAGAAGAGUUUGUUUUAAAGGCAGAGGUUUUUCUCAUUCGCUCUCGUGCUUGUUUUUUUGUUGUUGUUUUUGGGUAUAUUUUUUUUUUCAUUUCUAGUUUGUGUCUGCAUCCUCAAGGCUGGUCCAUGAACGGACAGUUAUCCAGACCCCUCUCAUGGCUUUGCUCGGUUUGUGUGUGUGUGUGUGUGUGUGUGUGUGUGUGUGUGUGUUUGGCAGAUGUUGCGCCCCACCACCACCACUCCCCAGUGUUCCUGUCUGCUGUGAAGGCUAAGCAGAGUAAGUGUAGGCCCCCAUCAGAGUGCAGUCAGGUCUGACCUCCAUUAAUACAGCCCUAAUCCCACACUUCUGCCCUCGACUCAUCAGACACAUUCCACUCUGUCUACUUUACCUGUUUAAUCCUGCAUUUUUCUCCCUACAAUGAGCAUGAGAAACCAAAAAAUGAAAAUAGACCUGAGGAGUGUGUGUGUGUGUGUGUGUGUGUGUGUGUGUGUGUUUAAACAUGGAGCUUGGGUAGCGUACAGCUCAGUUUUAAACAGAUUUGGUUCAGAGGACGAUGCUUUAGCUGGGAGGGGGAAAGCGCAAACACUGCUGCUCGGCUGUGCCAGCAAGUUUUAAGAAAAAAAAAAUUUAAACCCUGUCUAAUCAAGUGCCUUCGGUUUUUUGUUUUUGUUUUGUUUUGGGGUUUUUUUUGUUUUUUUUUUGGAAAGGAAUAUCAAAAACACUACGCAGUAUACUAGAUUUUAUAGUACAAAAAAAUCAAGUAUGGUCUCUUCUGCUCAUUAUAAUUUUCAU